GUCACGUGCUGCUGUUACGCAUAUGUUUAUGUCAUUUGAGCAUGCGCCGCUCAUCAUAAACACAGGAAGUCAAUAUUGCAUCUCGUAAAUCCCAAAAACUGCGAGUUUGGUUCGAUAUAGAACAGAGAAUAAAAGCGUGUCUUUUUCUCUGAACUGUAUAGACAUGUAAAGAAAGAAACGGAGCUGAACACGCAGCGCUGGUUACGGCAGGAGUGUUUCAAUAGAUGGCAGUAAUGCAGCGUUCAGCGCGAACAGACAAUGAAAGAAGAAGAAACAUCGAGCAGACCUUUUCAAAUAACAAACGCAAGUGUCAUUGAACAGAUAAUAAUGGUCGUACGUGAUUCAUCAGUAUAAUGUGUAGAUCAGACAGAGAUGUCAGACUGUGAGCCGCUGAGUAAACGCCAGAGAGUGAAGUAGUCUGAUCCCUCACAGUCCGAUCAGUGCCACUCAUUACAUACAGGAAGGUAAAAUUAGUCACAUUAAUGUCCUCGAAUCAUACUAAAGUGUGCCAAAUGAGAUAACAUCGACUCGCAUCAAACAUCUGAUUCAGACAGAUUCAAAUGAGAAACUCCAAAGGUAAACGAGCGCAGAAGUCUCUGGAUCACUGGCUGGUAAAGAAACCCAACGUGACCCAGACAGACCCUCAACCUGAGCCUGAAGAGCCAGAGGAAAGUCGAGAAAGGUCCGAUGAUCUUCACAGAACUGAAAGCAGAGCAACAGAAAGACCGCGCACAUCCCAGCUGGAACCAGCGAGUAAUCCCGGACGAGCUGCUGCUGCUGCUACUGAUCUGUUGUCAGCUGAAGAUGCUCAAAUAAAGACGAACACAAUCACAGACUUCUUCACAAGAACAUCAAUGAAGUACAGCUGUAGAACGGCACGAGCUCCGGUACUGGCUGGGCAGCCUGUCAGCAGUGACGUCACCUGGCUGGGCGUUCCUCUCGGUGAGCUGCAGAGGGCGCCGGCGUGCAGCAAUCCGUUACGCCGCCUGAAAGCCACAGACACACACACGGUGAUGAUCAGGACUGACCUGUUGCAUCCUGGGAAAAUUCCAGUACCGUAUCCCUCUCCAGACAAAACCUCAGACUGCUGGGAUGCAGCACAUGUGAAGAUGCCCUGCUCCAAACACAACCUGUUCCCGGCCGGACACAGUACGCAGACCCUUGAGAGCCGUUGGGUUUUAAUCAAUGAAGCCUUGAGGAGGCCGUUCAGCUCAUCUGAAGAUGUGAAGGACGCUAUAUUGAAAUAUAACGCAGCUCAGGCAAAGGGCUGGGACUUCACAGCGCUGAAUAUUUACUGUCAGGGUCUAGAGAAGGCUGAAUGUGAGCAGAUGUUUAGAGAUCUGAUUCCAGCUAUGGUGGAGUUGGCGUUAAGGGUUGACAGUCUUUGCACGCAGCCCAUUCCUCUUCUGCAGUCACAGCAGUGCCGUUCGGUCACGAUGUCUCAGGAGCAGGUGUCAUGUCUGCUGGCGAAUGCCUUCUUCUGUACAUUUCCCAGACGGAGCUCUCGCAGGACAGAGUUCAGUAACUAUCCUGACAUCAACUUCAACAGGUUAUUUGAAGGCUCUUCACAAAAGAAACUGGAGAAACUCAAAACUGUUCUGUGGUACUUUAGACGAAUCACACAAAACAGGCCCACUGGUGUUGUAACGUACAUGAGACGAUGUCUGCAGAGUUUCCCGUCGUGGUGGAGUUCAGAACAGACGUUCAGCAAACUACACAUCACCUGUGAUGGAACCAUAGAAGAGCACGGAUACGGCCUGUUGCAGGUAGACUUUGCUAACAGGUUUGUUGGAGGAGGAGUGACUGGUUCUGGUCUGGUUCAGGAAGAAAUUCGUUUUCUGAUUAACCCAGAACUCAUUGUGGCCCGACUCUUUACUGAGGCCCUCGAUGACAACGAGUGUCUGAUCAUUACAGGUACGGAGCAGUUCAGCAGAUACUCUGGAUACUCGGACACAUUUAAAUGGGAUGGUAACCAUGAUGACCAGACACCAAGGGAUGAGUGGCAUCGCAGAUACACUGAGAUCGUUGCCAUUGAUGCCCUACAUUACAGAAACUUCCUGCAACAGUUUCACCCAGACAACAUGAGGAGAGAGCUUAACAAGGCCUACUGUGGUUUUGCUCGUCCUGAAGUCAAAACUAAGCACCUUUCAGCUGUCGCUACGGGUAACUGGGGCUGUGGAGCAUUUGGCGGAGACACACGUUUAAAAGCUGUGUUGCAGAUGAUGGCCGCAGCCGAGGCUCGACGUGAUUUGAUUUACUUCACGUUUGGAGACGUAGAGCUGCUCCGAGACAUCCACAACAUCCACACUCUCAUUACACACAAACAAAUUACUGUAGGAUCCGUGUUUGGUGCGUUACAGAAGUACUACGAGCGGGUUUGUUCAACAGCAUCCAGCACGAAACCGCAGGAAUCGCUUUACUGCUUCCUCUCUGAACAUCUUUGACGUCUGCUUGCAUCUCAUUCAGAUUUCGCUCUGUCAUCUCUCGGCUGAGGUUUGUGUAAUCGAAUCAGCGGUAACGUGAAGGAAUCAUCAGAGCAGAUGUUUUAGAUUCAGUCGAGUUUAUUCUGAACCUGUAAUCGCCCCAAUAAAGGUGAAAGAAAUGUUUGU